GUAGUGUAUUCCAGGCAUUGACCACUCUGUUGCUGAAGUCGUAUUUCCUGCAAUCAAGUCUGGUGUGGUUUACCUUUAGUUUGCAUUUAUUGUGUGCUCGCAAAAGUUUUUUUGAAUGCAAAGCAAAACUUCACAGCAUCUAUUUUAACUUUGAAAUUUGUUUAUAGGGAGCUCCUGGCCCAAGGGGUCCGAUGGGGCCUCCAGGAACUCCAGGUCCCCCAGGAUCACCUGGGUCAGAAGGCAAGAUGGGACCUCCAGGUCUACCAGGUCUACGGGGCAAGAAAGGAGAAAUGGGUCUUGCUGGAAUUGAUGGAUUAUCUGGACCUCCUGGUCUCCCAGGGUCUCCUGGACUUUCUGGUUCUCCUGGACUUGCUGGAUCUCCAGGUCAACCAGGAGAAACUGGCAGAAAUGGUGAACGUGGGCCACCGGGUUUACCUGGAAAAUCUGGUCAAGAUGGUUUACCUGGUCUUCCAGGGUCAAAAGGAGAACAAGGGGAAAGGGGAGAAGCUGGUAAAGCAGGCUCCAAGGGUGAAUCAGGCCCCCCAGGCCCCUCUGGCAUAGUUGGGGAGAGGGGUGAAGCUGGUCUCCCAGGCUCACCUGGUUUGCCUGGUCCAAGAGGAGAAAAAGGAAACCAGGGUGAAAAAGGAAGAACUGGACUCGCUGGCUUCAAAGGUGAUAGAGGAGAAAAAGUAAGUUACCAGAUAACUGAUUAAAUCCCAUGAUUUAUAUGCACACUGAUAAAUUCAUUUGUUUCGUGGGUGACAUCAUUGUUUGUGUAUGACCUACACCACAUAUGCUUAUACAAUUAUUAUCUGCAUUGAAUGCAGUGGGUAGACGAUAAGAUAGACAUUCCCAAAUUUAUGCUGUUGAACAUUCAAUGACUGGAUAUUGGAACUGUCAAUCAAAGCAAGAUAAGAAAGAGUAUUUUCUCC